GUAAAAUACUUAUUUCUCUAAUUUGCUGAUACUAAUUUAUAAUAUUUCUACCUAUCAUAACUACUGAAUGUGAAUUGUGAAUGGAUGAAUAAAGGAAUGCAUGAAGCUUUUUUUUCCCUUGUUUUCUUUCUAAGAGAUAUUACAGAAGGGGGCAGCUAGUUGGUGCAGUGGAUAAAACACCAGCCCUGAAGUCAGGAGGACCUAAAUGCAAAUCUGUCCUCAAACACUUGUGUGACCUUAAACAAGUCACUUAAUCCCAAUUGCCUCUGUAAAAAAAAAAAAAAAUAAAAUAAAAAAGAAUUAUUACAGAAAUUGUAGAUUUAUCCAUAGGGCACUUGAUGAGCUUGCAAAAACAAGUUCAGUAUUGAUUUGAUUUCUGGGUCCACAGUGACAAGCAGAAUGAACAGGAAGUGAGAGCCUGUCAAGGUGGUAGGGCAUCUGGCAAGAUGACCUGUGUGAACUGUUUCAUGGGACUUGAAACAAGGUCUGUUUUGGGGCUAGCUGGAUAUAAAGAAGUAGGUAAAUUUUUCACUCUUACACAAACCAAAGGAAAAAAUACAGCUUUAGGUCAUAACUUCAAAAGUUGAGCCAUUUUCAGAGACUGGAGACAUCUUUUCUGGAGGCCCAAGAAAUCAUGGUUGGUCAUUGCAUUGAUCAGUUAUUAAAUAAUAUGUAUUUCUUUUUUGUAUCCCUCUCUGUCUUUUUGUCUGUUUAUUUUUUAGGAGUACAUUUGCAAUUUGUGAAUUUCUCCACUGAAACAAUCCAUGAUUAUUUGGAAGUAAGGAGUGGAUCUUCAGAAACUAGCACUGUUAUUGGGCGACUUAGUGGUCCUCAAAUACCAUCUUCUUUAUUUAGCACUACCCAUGAAACCAGCUUAUAUUUUCAUAGUGAUUAUUCUCAAAAUAAACAAGGAUUUCAUAUAAUAUAUCAAGCUUAUCAGUUGCAAAGUUGCCCUGAUCCACGCCCAUUUCGAAAUGGUUUUGUGAUAGGAAAUGAUUUCACUGUAGGCCAAACUAUUUCUUUUGAGUGUUUCCCAGGAUACACUCUUAUUGGAAAUUCAGCACUCACUUGCCUCCAUGGAGUUAGCCGUAACUGGAAUUAUCCUCUUCCAAGGUGUGAAGCCCUCUGUGGUGGUAACAUAACUGCAAUGAAUGGCACUAUUUACUCUCCUGGAUAUCCUGAUGAAUAUCCGAACUUUCAAGACUGCUUUUGGCUUGUAAGAGUACCACCGGGAAAUGGAAUCUACAUCAAUUUUACAGUUCUCCAAACAGAACCAAUAUAUGAUUUUAUUACUGUCUGGGAUGGACCAGAUCAAAACUCACCUCAAAUUGGUCAAUUCAGUGGCAAUACUGCUUUGGAGUCUGUGUAUAGCACUUCAAAUCAGAUUUUAAUCAAAUUCCAUAGUGACUUCACAACAAGUGGCUUCUUUGUUCUCAGUUAUCAUGCCUAUCAGCUACGAGUAUGCCAGCCUCCACCACCUAUCCCAAAUGCUGAAAUUUUGACAGAAGAUGAUGAAUUUGAAAUAGGUAAAACUUAUUAAAUGAUUUUUGAAAAGAAAACACUCUGAGACUAUCCCACCAUUUGUUCAGUGAUAAAUGUAAACACCUAAAAAAAAGUGAAUAGAAGCAUAUUAUUUCUCACCAUCUCUUACUGGUUUGGCAAAAUUGGAUGUAAAUUUCAAAAUUAGUGUGGGUAGAAAGGUAAAGCAUCGUAGAAAAGGAUGAUAACUGGAACAGCUGUGUAGCAGGGACUAUUUUGUUGACAAAUGACUAUGAUUAUUGGUGGUUUUUCUCAAGAGCUUUGCUGUGUUUGUUCAAGGUUAUUUCCUUCUGACAUUGGACAGGUGCUUCCAUAGUUAUAUUAUUCUCCUGUA